AUGAACAUUCUAGAUCAAAGUAACUCGCCCACUACGCCUCCUUACUCGGCUGGAUCUGAUGGUCGAUUGGGACAAGCCUCCUUGGAUGCUACGGCUUCAUGGACUCAUUUGGUUGCUGGCGCGAGCGGCGGGAUGGCCACGGCUCUCGUAACGUCUCCACUUGAUGUCCUAAGAACUCGGUUGCAAUCCGAUCUCUACAGUUCACCUUCGAAGACGCUCCGGUCGCCUGCCAUAGGUACUCAAUCGCAGUCCCUUCUGCUCCUAUCCCGCUCUGCCGUCCUGCACUUUCGCGAGACGUUCGAUAUUCUCAGAUCUAUCCAUCGCCUCGAAGGCUGGCGUAGCCUGUUCAAGGGCCUAGGCCCUAGCCUGACAGGCGUUGUACCGGCUACCGCGAUCAAAUUCUACACAUACGGCAACUGCAAGCAGCUUUUGCCUGGUAUUUUACAAUGCGAUAAAGAUGCAACGCUUGUUCAUGUGCUUUCCGCUGCUAGCGCGGGUAUCGUGACAGGGACAGCGACAAACCCGAUAUGGGUGGUCAAGACUCGUCUGCAGCUCGAUAGAUCACGCUCUUCAGGCACGGCGCAAUACAGGAACAGCCUUGAUUGUAUAAGGCAAAUUCUACGUAAUGAAGGCCUUAGGGGACUAUACAGGGGAUUGGGCGCAAGUUACCUCGGUGUCAUAGAGACUACCCUGCACCUGACCGCGUAUGAGCGAAUAAAGGAUAGCCUUACCAGUCGAGGAGGCGUGCCAGACCGCUUUGCGGACAAUGAAGUCGUCCAAGGUGUUCUACUCAGCGGCGCUGCAGGCAUAUCAAAACUGGUGGCGGUAUUAAUUGCAUACCCACACGAGGUAAACGAUGAUUUUCGGUUCAUAGCAGAAGUUGCAGCUUUUUUAGGAUGUCCCUCAACUAACACAGAGUAA